AUGGCUCCACGGUCCCGACGACGAAGGCACAAGAAAUCCCCCUCAUCAGUGGCUCCCGUGGUUGAGACCCCACCUACAGCUGUGGCUCCUGUGCCUCUGAUCCUCUCUAAACCUGGCCCUAGCAUUGAUUCACUUGGUUUCUUCUCCUUGGAGAAUAAUGUUCCUGGCCUAUCCCAGCUGAUCCUUCAAAAACUGAACAUGAAAAGCUAUGAAGAAUACAAGUUGGUGCUAGACGGGGGUACUCCUGUGUCAGGCUUUGGAUAUCGAUGCCUUGAAGAAAUGUUCCAGAAGAUGGAGGACACAUUCCGAUUCUGUGCUUACUGUAAAGCACUCCCCAGUGGACUUUCAGACUCCAAGGUCCUCCGGCAUUGCAAAAGGUGCAGAAAUGUCUAUUACUGUGGUCCAGAGUGCCAGAGGUCAGACUGGCCAGCACACAGGAAGGUUUGUCAAGAACUGUGUCUUGUAGCUGUGGACCGUCUCAUGGAAUGGCUUCUGGUCACAGGUGAUUUUGUCCUACCCUCAGGACCUUGGUCAUGGCUGACUGAAGUUGUACAGGGUUGGGACACCUGGUUUUCUAUGCGAUGUUUACAGCUAGAUGAUACACUGGAUGCUGUGCUUAACAGUCAGGCCAUGACCACCCUGUGGGCCAGUGUGAGACGGCCAAGACCAGACCCAGAUGUCCUGAAGGGCUCUUUGAAGCGGUUGCUGACAGAUGUCUUGUCACGGCCCUUGACACUGGGCUUUGGGCUUCGGGCCUUGGGAAUAAAUGUUGGGAAGGUUGGGGGAAGCACAGUGCACGUGGUUGGUGCUUCUCAUGCAGAGACAUUCCUCACUCGCCCUGGGGACUAUGAUGAGCUUGGCUACAUGUUUCCUGGACACCUUGGCCUCCAUGUAAUCAUGGUGGGUGUAGAUGUGGCUGCUGGCUUUUCACAGAGCACCUCAGCUUCACUCCUGGAACCUGGCACAGUUCAGCUUAGUGGCCACAGGGGCCUCUAUCAUGACUUCUGGGAGGAGCAGAUAGAGACUGGGCAGAUGGCCCAUCCAGAUUUGGUGGUGGCAUUCCAUCCAGGUUUCCACGCUUCCCCGGACUUGAUGGAGGCUUGGUUGCCUACCCUCUUGCUACUUCGUGAUUAUGAGAUCCCUACAAUGAUUACUGUUUACAGCCAUCAAGAGUUGGCAGCCUCGUUGCAGAUUUUGGUGGAUCUGGAUACACACAUCACAGCCUAUGGAGCUAACCCUUUUGCGUCCCUUAAACCUGAACAGGUGUACUCCAACCCCAACAAGCAGCCAGUUUACUGCAGUGCCUACUAUAUCAUGUUUCUUGGAAGCUCCUGUCAGCUGGAUAAGAGGCAAUUGGAAGAGAAAGUAAAUGACAGGGUAUAA